AUGUACAUCGCAUUCGCAUUCGCUGGCAUAGUGGGCAUACUCACUCAAUGCAAGUUCCAGAUUCCUGUGGGACUCGAUUACUUCCUACUAUAUCUGUCUCUUUUCAAUGAAGGGCUACUCUUCUACACCCACGCAGGCCGGGUGUCUACUCUGGAUCAGUACAUUCACUACAUCCUCUUAAUCCCCAUAUUCAGUGGAGCUGUUUGCUCUUUGCUUGAGGUGUGGUUGAGAAACAACCCAGUCCUGGAACUGUUCAGGACUUCCAUGUUUAUUACCCAGGGAACUUGGAUGUGGCAGAUUGGAUAUGUGCUAUACCCACUUUGGGAAGCUCCCAGCUGGGAUCAUAAUGACCAGAAGACCCUCUCUUUUAUGGCCAUGUGCUACUGCUGGCACUGCCAGAGCACUGUUCUCUUCCUCUCCAUCAUCUAUGGCAUCGUCUACUGGUUUCUUAGGUCACAGAAAGGAGGCUUUGAAGGCACAGAAAAUGAAAUUCAGAAGUUCAACCAAGAUGAUACAAAGACCUACACUGCUCUUCUUGAUGGAUCUGAUGAAGAAUAG